AUGUCUUUCUUCACCAGAGUUCUGACGAUGAAAUGCAAGCAGACACUUGAAUGUGAGAGGACUUACUUUUACCAGGCGCUUUUUGCCAGCAGCAGGUUUCCCGGGCAGCCGCGGCUGUGCAGCAGCCAGCCCCUGGAAGUGCGGAGCAGCCCGCGGGCAGCGGCGGGGAACAAAGGCGAGGGGCGCGGAGCGGAGCUGCUGGAGCCCCCCCCGCGCCGCCUGGGCAGGGUGAAGAGCCUGCACGAAAUGCCCGGACCCAACACCCUCUACAACCUCUACGAGUUCUUCUGGAAGGACGGCUUCGGCCGCAUUCAUGAAAUCCAGCAAAAACACACUCAGGAAUAUGGAAAGAUCUUCAAGUCUCACUUUGGUCCCCAGUUUGUUGUAUCCAUUGCAGAUCGAGACAUGGUUGCUCAAGUGCUCCGAGCAGAAGGCAGAGCACCACAAAGAGCCAACAUGGAAUCCUGGCAGGAGUACAGAGAUUUACGGGGCAGAGCCACGGGGCUCAUUUCUGCGGAGGGGGAGCAGUGGCUAAAAAUGAGAAGUGUACUGAGGCAAAAAAUUCUGAAACCCAAAGAUGUGGCUGUUUACUCUGAAGGAGUCAAUGAAGUUAUCACAGACUUAAUUAAAAGAAUCCACACCCUCAGAAGUCAAGAGGAGGAUGGGGAAACAGUGACCAAUGUUAACAACCUUUUCUUCAAGUAUUCAAUGGAAGGUGUGGCCACUAUUCUGUAUGAAUGCCGGCUGGGCUGCCUGGAAAACAACAUCCCACAGCAGACUGUUGAAUAUAUUGAGGCUCUGGAAUUGAUGUUUAGCAUGUUUAAGACCACUAUGUAUGCAGGUGCUAUUCCCAAAUGGCUUCGUCCACUUAUUCCAAAACCCUGGAGAGAGUUCUGCAGAUCCUGGGAUGGACUCUUCAAAUUUAGUCAAAUCCAUGUUGACAACAAAUUGAAGGCUAUUCAGUCUCAGCUGGACCAAGGAGAAGCAGUGAAUGGUGGGCUACUUACACACCUCCUAGUGAGUAAGGAACUUACUUUGGAAGAGAUCUAUGCCAACAUGACUGAAAUGCUUCUGGCAGGAGUGGACACAACUUCUUUCACUUUGUCCUGGGCCAUAUACUUGUUGGCAAAGCACCCAGAGGUGCAGCAACGUGUUUAUGAGGAAAUAGUUAAUAAACUGAGGAAAGAUCAAGUUCCAGUUGCUCAUGAUGUCCCAAAAUUGCCUUUGAUUAGAGCUGUCCUGAAAGAAACCUUGAGGUUAUAUCCAGUAUUGCCAGGAAAUGGAAGAGUGACCCAAAAAGACUUGAUCAUUGGAGGAUACUUGAUACCUAAAGGGACCCAGCUGGCACUUUGUCAUUAUGCUACUUCAUACAGUGAAGAGAAUUUCUCCGUGGCAAAUGAGUUCCGACCUGAGCGCUGGCUGAGGAAAGAUAACUUGGACAGAGUAGACAACUUUGGCUCCAUCCCUUUUGGUUAUGGCAUUAGAAGUUGUAUAGGAAAAAGAAUUGCAGAGCUGGAAAUCCAUCUUGCACUGAUUCAGCUACUUCAGAAUUUUGAAAUCAAAAUUUCUCCCAAAACGGAACCAGUUCGUGCCAAAACUCAUGGACUUUUGACUCCUGGAAAUUCCAUCAAUGUCAGAUUUUCUGACAGGAAGUGA